AUGAAGUUGUGCUCAAUAUCCAGUAUACCUGCGGUAUUCCAGGAGAUUUGCCGGAUAACAUGUUGUACGGCCCUCCUCAACUCACCACUUGCCACCAACCUCAUCUUCCCCUCUGCACCACGGUACCACGAUCUGGUCAACGCCCACUACGCCACCAGCGCACCACUUCAGCCAGCCUGCUUCUUCCAACCACAAUCCGCAGACCAAGUCGGGCUCGCAAUCUCCCUCCUCGCAGAAGCUGAUGACGGAUCAUCGCAGUGCCAAUUCGCCAUCCGCGGCGGCGGCCACACGCCCUGGAAAGGCGCUGCGGGUGUUGAGGGCGGAGUGACAAUUGAUCUGGCCCUGAUGAACACGACUAUGUAUAAUCCCGAUACGUCGAGCGUGACGAUUAUGGGUGGUGCCAAGUGGGGAGAUGUGUACAAGGCACUUCAGCCACACGGGGUCGCUGUGACGGGAGGCCGGUCGGACACGGUGGGUGUUGGAGGGCUUAUUAUCGGAGGAGGGCUAUCGUACUUUGGGAACAAGUAUGGGCUUGCGUGCGAUAAUGUGUUGGAUUUCGAGGUGGUCCUAGGCAACGGCCAAAUCAUUGGCGUAAACGAUACCUCCCACCCAGACCUCUUCCGUGCCCUGAAAGGCGGCGCCAACAACCUCGGCAUCGUUACAAAAGUCGAACUGCGCGCCUUUGAACAAGGCCCUCUCUGGGGUGGGUUGAUCGGACACACAAGCGCCGACAUCUCACGGCAGAACCGCGCACUCGUAACUCUCACCAGCAACCUCGUGCACACCCCACACGCGCAGGCCGUCACAAUCUGGAACUACAAUGCCGAGUCAAAGUCAAUGGUCGUAGCGAGCGGUCUCCAACACACGCGCGGCGCCGAAGAUUCCGCCAUCUUCCGCGAGUUCCUCGACAUCCCACAGAUAUUCAGUACCCUCCGCCGGACGGAUAUUUACGGCCUGAUGAUGGAGACCGCGCCUCCGCCGGGGAAAAGGGCCAUGUUCCUGACGCUGACCUUUGGAAAUAAUGUACGGGCCCUCGAGUAUCUUCGCACGUUGCACGAUGAAUCGAUAGGUGCUGCAACGCCGCGCGCGGAGAGCAGCGAUUGGGACUUCAUUACCUUCCUGCCACCGUUUCCAUCUGUUCUGGGAGAUGCGAGUAGACGGAAAGAGAAUAUUCUUGGUUUGUUUGACUACAAGACAUUGAGAAAUAAACCUAAAAUAGAUGCCUAG